CCAACCGACCACGCGACUAUUGCCCACUGAAUCUGCCGACCAGCGGACGCGGCUGAAUUCGAAAAACAAUCGAACUUUAUUUAAAAAAAAAAACGAAAUAAAAAAAAUAAAAUAUAGUGCUUCAUGUUUGGUGUUUGAACUGUUACAGAACUAAAUUUUGACUUUAUAAUAAAAAAAUAUUAAAAAAAAAAGGAAAAUGGCUCGUUAUAUUUUGAAAACGCUACUUUUCUUCUGUUUUACAUUUGUAACAUACACCGGGGAAGCUGCGGAGAAUGAUACGCCUACCAUAUCUGAGUAUCUUCUACCAUGCAGCCGCAGCGAUCCAGAUUUGGACAACUGUAUAAAGGGAUCGUUCAAUCAUUUACGGCCCUACCUAGCGAGGGGUCUGACGGACUUAAACGUUCCACCAGUUGAGCCUCUGUUUAUAGACAAACUGGUGAUGGAAAAUGAUGCGGGACCAGUACGAGUGAGAGCGACCUUCAGCAACAUCACUGUAGUCGGACCUAGUAAUUAUACUGUGACUAAAAUCAGAUCUGACUUGAAAAAGCUGAGAAUCGACAUGGGGAUCGUUCUACCUCGCAUCGAAGUCACCGGUCACUACGAAGUGAUGGGUCAAGUUCUUCUUUUCCCCGUUCGCUCACAGGGAGACUUCUGGGCUUCAUUCAACGACGUUGUUGCUAUCGUGAAGAUAUUCGGGAAGGAGAUAGAGAAGGAGAACGUUAAGUAUAUGACGGCAGACAGGAUGGUGGUGGACUUUAAACUGAAGAGCUCCAGGUUCAAGGUCAGGGACACCGUCAACCACGGCAGCGUCAUUGGGGAGGCGAUGAACCAGUUCCUCAACAACAACGCUCACGAGAUCAUCGAUGAGAUGCGACCAGCUGCCUCCGCUGCCAUAGCGAAACAUUUCCGCACCUUCCUUAACGCGGCCUUCGAGAGAAUACCUAUCAACGUUUGGUUGACACCUUAAACUUUAUCACAGUUCACUGACAGCAUAAGAUUCGUCAAAUAUAAAAUUAAAUAAUUUACACUUAAUGAAUAAGUACAAGGUAUAUUGUUAAGUAAAUUUUAGUUUCGUAAAUGGACUUUUCAGUGAAUUAUAUUUUAAAAUAAAUAUUAAUCAGUUUUGUGAGGAAAAUAAUAGUGUUGAAGUGUGCAAUCAAUCCAUCAAUCAAUCAUAGCGUGAAUUUGAUCCAACAACCAUACUUCUUCAAAUGUAUGUGAUAGUUUUGUUCCGUACAUGACUGUUUGUUUUAUGAAAUAUAAACAAAAGUGUUGGAAAAUAUGUGAAAUAAGAUGCUAGACGAUUGAUAUGCUCGUCUGUGUUGAAUGAAAGUUUUCGUCGAAUAAUUUCAGAAUUACAAAGUUUAUAUCUAACAUACGCACAUAUAUGGAGUAUUUUUAAAUUUUAUUUUAAAACGCUAAUCACGUUUCUGCAUCAAACCGUCACUUCAUCUUUACGGACCAUUAAAAAUAUGUUAAAAUACAGAGAAUUUUUAAAAAAUAUGUUCAAAUGAUCAGCAUUAUUUUCUUUCGAUAUAUAUAUAUAUAUAUAUUCGUAAUCAAAUUCGUCUGUUUAAUCGUGACUGAUUUUAGUGUGAUUCUGUUGUUUCAUAAAUCAAUUUAUUGAAAAUUUAAAGUAUAAUUAAGUCAAAUAAGUUCAUCUCGAUAUUAGGAAUAGGACAUUUAUUUAUUUAGUAAGAUAGUUAAAACGUAUAUGAAUUGUGAUGUCGAUAGAGAUUUAGGGAUUGUCUUAAUGAAUAAACAUUAUAAAAUUUG